AUGCGUCGCAGCCGCUCCGAAGGUGCGAAAGCCUUUCUGGGGCAGGCAGUUGCAAGGUAUGACGUGGAUGAGCUGGAUGACCUGGGCAAGCGCUCCAAAAGGGAGGACUACGUCGAGGUCAAACGUCCAGAUGGCACCGUUGCCAAGGCCCGCGGCGAGCGGACUUUCUAUGGCGCCUUCGAAGGAGGCUUCAGCGCUGGCUACUGGGGCACGGUAGGGAGCAAAGAGGGCUGGGAACCUGCGUCCUUCAGCUCAAGUCGAUCCAAGCGUCAUGCCGAAGCAGCAUUGCAGGUGGAAGACUUUAUGGACGAAGAGGAUCUGCGUGACCAUCGUUCUUCAAGGAAGACGAUCUCGGCACGCAGUGAGUUCGAGAAUGCCCAAGGAUCGUCCCCGAACGGCUCGGCAGGAUUGCCCACCGGACUCCCCCGGCAUUUAGAAGCAGAGUUAUUCGCAAGUGAUGACCGUUUGGGAACACGUCUUCUGCGAGCGAGCAGUUUUGCGCCGCCUGAAACCUCGCCUACACCGCCUGAGCCAGCUGCGGCUUCGGCUGUAAAGCCCAAGAAGUCAUAUGGCUGUGCACCUCCGCCUGCAGGCUACAAACCUGUCCAGCCGACCGAAGAUGUUGGAGUGGAGUGGCCUCAGCAACCUAGCAGGAGGUUGGCUGCUACUUUGAAUCGGGGAUCGCAUGUGGUAGUCGACAGCUCUGCUCUGGAGUCUGAGUUGGAAAGGCUGUGGCGAAGCAAGAACGACCUUCAUGGCAUCGGCUACACAUUGGGUUCGAGGUUUUGCUCGGCAAACAGUGUGCCAAACAGUCGACGGUUGUACAUGUCGAACGCACGUGGGAAGAAUAUGGCGGCAAAGCAGGGCAUUGGAUAUGCGCAAUUUGGCACUGGAGUACUUGAUCAAGACGAGUAUGAUGCUUGGGAGGAGGUUUAUGAUCACGAGACUGACAAGCAUGCGCAUUACCAUCCUUCCUUGAAGGAUGAGGAGGUGGAGGAGGAGACCAGCCAUGCAGCCCUGAGCGACAUUCGGCCUGUGGUGUCUGCACCAAAGGCGCUUCAGACUGGUGAAAUUCCAGGUUUCGCCCGAGCCGAUGGUCCGGACAAGGUGUCACAGGACCUGAGGCACUGGCAUCCGCCACCUGUGCCUCGAGGCUACAAGGGCGUCCACCUCAUUGAGGUGUCGCCGCUUGAGGAAGCACAAGAAGGAUGUGAGGAACAUCGGAAGCUACUGGAGUUUCGAGAGAAGCUGGUGCCCCGGUUCCGCCCAGUUCAGCCCCUUUCUAAAUCAAUGACCGGACAAGUUGGUGGAUCGGAGGAGAUCACCGAGAGGCAUGGGCAGCAGCGCCUGUUGGAUCCUCGAUAUCGCGCCGAGCUUCUGGGCGAGAAAUCCCGCAUGCAGGUGGAACGGUCUGAAGAUGACAAAGGGGCAUCGUCGACGCCGCCACCUGUUCCCGAGGCAGACGAGAUGUGCAUGCAGCGUUCUGCAGAACCGUUGUGGCAGGUUCCGGACCAGCACAAGCAAAACUUGCUCAAUGCUCUUGGUCGUCACUUUGUCAUGGGGCAGACGCAGGACAUGGAUGGAGCGGCUGCCCGCCACGAGCCUUUCAAGAACGAUCCCGGCAAGCAGCAGCGCUACGCAAAGUUCUGCUUGGCGAUGGAGGGCAAGGCUUCAGUUUCCGACGCCUUGAAGGACUUGCAGGCGGAACGCAACCUAGAGCUUGCCGAGUUCGGCCGGGUCUACCGCACCUUUAGGCAGCAGCAUCCAGAGGCAGAUAUUGUGAAGGCCCUGGAUGAGAAGGCCUCGCAGCCAGCUCCAGUCUUGCGGAGGACAGUGGUGCCCUGGACACCGGACAAGCUAUUAUGCAGGCGGUGGGGAGUGCCUGAACCCAAACCGAGUGGGUUCAGUGAUCAUGCUCCUGCCACUGUGCAGGCCAAGCAGAAGAAGUACAACGAGCAGGUAAAGGCCAAAGACGAAGCCAAUCCUGCCAAGGCCUCGCCAGCGGGCCAUGGACGUGCCAGUGCUGAUGCAGAUCCCGUGCCGCACGCUAGCGUCGCUCCGAACGGUGAGCUGACGCGCCCGCCAAAAACGCUGUUUGCAUCAAUCUUCGGCGAGUCUGAUGAGUAA